AUGAUUUAUCCGGCAUCGGAAAUAGCUGCAAAUAGUCCCGAUUCCAAAAUUUGCCACAAAAAAUUUAGCAACAAAGCUUUCAAAGCUCUUGUUUCAUCUCGAGGGUACGGCACAAACGAUGAUGAAAACAAGCUCUAUAAGGGUUCUUCGUGGCAGCAAAGUCUGCUUGAUGGAAAAUGGAGUUGGGUGGCCCUCAUGAUGGCUUUUUACAUUCAAGUCAUUGUUGGCUUUUUGUCUUCAUGCUUCGGCGUAUUCUUCAGCGAAAAAAUGGCUUCGUUCUCCGCAUCAUCAUCACUGAGCAGCGGCAUUUUCACGUUGCACAUUUUCUUCUUCGACCUUGGCUCGCUAAUUUGCCCGGACAUCGCCUCCAAGCUCGGCCACAGAAGCACGACCUUCGCCGCUCUCGUCACGGCCUUCUUCUCCUUCGUCCUGCUGGCGCUCUGUGACGGCCUGGGAGUCAUCUUCGUUUCGUACGGCAUAGUACUUGCGCUGAGUGGAGGCUUUCUGUACAACGUUACCCUGCUGAUAGUGCCGAUGUACUUUGAGAAGUACAGAAGACCUGCACUUUCCUGCAUUACAGUUGCCAUGUGUGCCUCGGGUGCGAUCUCCCCGCACCUCGUGCGAUACCUCAUAGACUUUUACGGCUACUCGGGAGGCUUGCUGCUCUACGGUGCCUGCUUCCUGCAGGCCUGCGUGCUCGUCGUCCUAUUUUCAGCUCAAUGCUUAGGGAACAGUGCCAUGAUGGGCACAUUAGUUCGCAUUGUAGUCACCCUGACAGUGAACCAUCAACGCUUCCCAAGAAAAGCUGCGUUAUGCGUUGCCUCAAUAAUCGCUGGGGUCUUAGACAUAGGGUUCAUUUUCUCUCACGGGGACGAGCACGUAUUGACAGCCCUCAGCGUCGUGCACGGUUUGGGGGUCGGCAUGUUCUCUAGCAUUUUCUAUGCCAUCCUUAUUGACAUCGUCGGACUGGAACUUUAUCCUCAAUGCCUUGCUGUCUUAGCAAUUGUCCUGCUCGUGACAGACACUUCAAUGUCUCCAAUUUUAGGUGUGAUCCGGGACUUCAGCGGCUCCUAUUCGGCGGUUCUAAGUACCUGCGCUGCGCUGAAAUUCUCUGCCGCAAUUUUACUAGUCAUCCUCUUCGUCAGAAUGAAGAAAUCGCUCAACUCUAAUAACUGA